AACUAAACAUGGCAAGAAUUUUGAUUUUUACUCAGUUCUUAUUUGUGUCUUUUGCAGUCUUUUCUCUGGCCUCUGACUCCAGUCUACUUAAAGCAGUCCCUAAAAGUCAGAGAGCCGCUGGAGUCUUCAUGCUUAUUGAAGGAGGAAAGUACAGCUUCAACCACACUGCUGCCAGAGCCGCCUGCCUUUCUCUGAACGUCACCAUAGCUACACGGACCCAGAUGGAGCGGGCCGUACAGCGUGGACUGGAGACGUGCAAAUUUGGCUGGAUACAUGAACAGAUUGUGGUCGUCCCACGACUGACAGCGGAGAAAAAUUGUGGAAGUGGCAAAACUGGAGUGGUGACGUGGAGCGUAUCAGCAGAUCAAAAGUUUGGUGUCUUUUGUUUUAAUGCAUCAGAUUUAGAGGAAACUCCUAAAACAUCAACAACCAGGCCUCAAACCUCCUCAUCUACUACGUCACCACCGGUGGUACCGACCCAAACACCAUCAACACCUGCUGCCACACCUCUGGUCAGAUCAACAACCAGCGCUCCAUCUUGGCUUUCGAGGAAGCUGAAAACAACAAAAUCCCCUCAACGUGUAUCUCCCACCUCAGCUUUUACUCUCCCGGUCAAGAAAACACCUUCGACUGUAUUCUCCUCCACUUCUCCUCCUCUUCUCCAACCUCUCUCCACUCGUACUUCUACUUCUCUUUCUCACCUCAUCACUUCUUCUUCACCUGCUGUUACCAGUUUUGCAUCUUCGACUUCUGUUCCCGCCUCCAGUUUCUCUGUCACCUCUGAAUCGGUGCUGCUGCAGACCGUCAACCCCACAAAGCCUCGUUUUGGAGUCGUUCCUACAGCGAUCAUCAUCCUCGCCACCAUCCUCCUGAUUCUGACUGCAGCAGGUGCUUUGUGCUACUACAAACUGAGCAUUUUCCCCUUUCUGUCUCAGGGGCACAGGAAGGACGACAUAGAGACGGAAAUGUGGAAGCAAAGCGGCAGUGAGAUGGACCUUCACGUUAAAGAUGGAGCAGAGGAGGAAGACAACGAAGAAGAAGAAGAAGAAGGAGACAUAACAGACACAAAGUACUCCGGUGACGUCAUGCUGUUUGUGAAUCCAAGCAUCAAAACCUUUUCUUCAGAGUAGCUUCAUGAUGUGUCUGUAGGAGGAAUGCAUGGAUUGAUACCACCGUGUUUUCUGAUAAAUGUCAGAAAACAAUCCAGGCUUGAUUAAUUUGCUUUGAAUGGUUU